UUUUAAGAACAAUUCUUAGAGAACAGUACAUUUUAUCCAAGUAGCAUUACUCUACCACAACCCAACUUUGUCGCGCCAUGGUACGUGUUCACUUUGUACAGCAUUGGACUUGACGUUCGCGCGCGAUUUACGUCCAGGGGAUAUCUUUUGGUAUUUCGCUGCGCGUUUAAAAUUAUCAGAAAAUUGAACCGUGGAACUCCUGUACAGCUAGCAAAAUUUUCGACGUAACGUGUUCGAAAAACAAGAUGUUUAAAGGACGAGCAGUUUUAAUUACAGGAGCCUCUGGUGCAUUUGGUUCUGCAAUCGCACUGCAGUUUGCAAAGGAAUCGGCAAACCUUGCUUUGACAGGACGCAAUUUAGACAAGCUUAAUAAAGUUGCUGACAAGUGUAAAGCUCUUGGAGCAGAAAAGGUUGUGCCCAUUGUUGCUGACUUGACGAAAAAAAAUGAUUUGUCUCGAAUUAUAUCAACAACCACAUCCCAGCUUGGAAGGUUGGACAGUCUAGUUAACAAUGCCGGAUACUAUGUGCAUCAUUCACUGUUUCAAGUAACAUGGGAGGAAAUAGACGAUACGUUUGCAGUGAAUGUGAAGGCUCCCCUUAUGCUUUCUCAACUAGCAAUGCCAUUCCUUUUGGAAACUAAAGGUUGUAUUGUGAACAUAUCCAGUGCCACACCUCCCAGCCAAAACCCUGCAUUGGUAUCAAGAAUGAGUAGAGGUGCUGUGGAUCAACUUACUUUAAAUCUUGCCUCAGAGUUUGUUAAACAGGGAGUAAGGGCCAAUGUAGUAAAACCUGCAUUGUCUAAAACUGGUUUAACAGAAGCACAGCUUAGUAAUGAGACGUUUGAAGAGCGUGCCAAGAUGCAACCAUUAGGUGGAUUACUGGAACACACAGAUAUAGCAGAUGCUGUGGUUUUUCUAAGUUCACCUAAAGCGAGCAAAAUCACCGGCCAGUUUCUGCUGGUUGACGCAGGGGUGUCGGUCAUGCCAAGAAUAUCUUAAAAGUUCCCAAAUAGAAAAUGAAGCAGUUAGCGCGAUGACUGCAGAAACUGGGCUUUUAACUGAAGCAAAAAAUGCGCAGUAGUUGGUGCAAACACCAUUCAACCGAAGCAUUAAAUUUUGAUACCAAUCCAGCUGGUAGCACUUGUAAACUAUAGCAAGUUGGAUAAUAGUAAUUCCUCAUACAAUAUAUAAUCAGCCGUUCUUGUCAUAUAGCAAUCCCAUGCCCUAUAUUUUGCAUAAGGUGAAAUUCUUUAUACAAACAAAUUUAUUGCACAAGAAACCGAAUUAAAGAUUAUUUGCCUAAGUCGCGCAAUUGUUUUUAAAAAUGUCUCAAACAACACCAUUUCAAGUAUAAAUCCAAAACCCAUUUUCAUUACAACUCUGUCUUUUCGUCCUCGUUGUUUUUCUCUUCCUCUUCAUUUUUCUCAUGCUUCUGGUUUUUCUCUUUCUUAUUCUCUUUAUUUUCUCCCCCCUGUUGCAUGUACGUCUUUAGAAACUCAACCACUCCUUCUUUCCUUCGCUUAUAUUCAUCUGUAGUUAAGUCCUUAUUUCCAGGGCUAUCAAGCCACUUAAUCUCAGCGUCCAACUUUUCAUUAAUUUUGGUUUUCACGGCUUCUGGCAUUCCUUUGGAAAGCUUUUGAUCGCUUAUCUGGUUCUUGAUCGUGUAUAAGUAUGACUCUAAAUCGUUGAUGGCUCCAACUCGUUCUUGGACCUACAAUCAGACCGCAGUUAGUCUUAAAUGAAUGUAACUUAUUUAUCCUCACAUGGCGGGGC